AUGGGCAACCUGACUGGCCUUUGCCCUGAUGGGCAUUAUUGCCCUACCGGGACUGGGUACCUGUAUUCCAACCCCUGCCAAGCUGGACAAUACAGGAGCACAGCGUCUGGUCACAGUGGAGAGGUUUGUGUUUCAUGCCCGUCCAGAUACUUCUGUGACGGAGCAGGAGUGCACACACCCUCUCUCUGCCCUCAGGGUUUUUACUGUCCCGAAGGAUCAUCCACCGCUCAAACGUGUCCCGAGGGAAGCUAUGGCUCACGCUCAGCUCUCAGUGAUGAGUCUGAGUGUUCCCUUUGCGGCGCCGGUUGGCACUGCGAUGGUGUAGGCCUGACAAAGCCCUCUGGCAUCUGCAAAGGUGGAUUCUACUGCAAAGGGGGAGCCAAGUCUGCAACUCCAUUGGACGGAAAGACGGGUGGUUUGUGCCCUCCAGGAAGUUACUGUCCACCAGCUUCCUCUUCGCCUAUUCCAUGUCCCCCUGGCACCUUCAGCAACAGCUUUGGUCUGGGCAGACCUGAAGAUUGUGUCAGCUGUCCACCAGGGUUGUAUUGUCUUGGUUCCAACAACACCUCCCCGUCAGGCUCUUGCUCUCCUGGAUAUUACUGCACUGGCGGUGCAGCUUCUCCUAUUCAGCAUGAAGCAGAGCAGGGUCACUACGCACUAGAAGGAGCAGUCAGGCCGGAGCCUUGUCCUCUUGGAACUUUCCAGCCAGUAUGAAUAAAAACUGACGUUGUGCUGAUGCAGACUUAAUAGAUUUACCUUGUUCAGGGUUGUUUUCUGUUUUCCCCCAAAGCGCCGAGGUGCACAAUCGUGCGUGCAGUGUCAAGGAGGUCAACUGUGCAACCAGACAGGCUUAUCCCUGCCACCACAGUGCCCAAAGGGAUCUUACUGUCCUCCAGAAUCUUCUUUUCCUCACCCCUGUCCUACAGUCAGUUGAGUACAUAAUGUGUACAGUGAAUAUAUAAAGUCGACACACCCCAUUCAAAUGCCAGGUUUUGCGAUCUAAAAACAGUAACCCAAGAUAAAGGUGACCUAGUUCAACCUUAGUUUCAUUGGACCGGAACAAAAUCUCCCAACCAUGUGGGAAAAUGUAUGUAUAGUAAUUAUAUUUGAACUACUUUGUAUAAGUGUUAAAAAAAAUUAAGGUUGACAUUUUGUGCCCUAAUUCCCAAAAGUAUGAUUGCCGCAAACACCGUUCAUCACCAAAGGAACACCAUA